AACGUUAUCACUAUGUCCAAACAAAACACCCUUUUGCUUUACACGUCCCUUUGCUUUCCCUUUAAACAAACUCUAAUCCCUACCGGCGAACACUUAAAACAUCGCUACCAAACACAUCUCCUUCGAGAGAUGUCCAAGUCUUGUUCAAACCUCGCUUCAUGCGCCGUCGCCACACUCUUCAUAGCCUUCCUAAUCAUCGCCGCCCUUACCGUUUAUCUCACAGUAUUUAGACCAAGAGAUCCCGAGAUCUCCGUCACCAACGUCAAGGUCCCGUCAUUCUCCGUUGCCAAUAGCUCCGUUAGUUUCACUUUCUCUCAAUUCUCCACCGUUAGAAACCCUAACCGCGCCGCUUUCUCACACUACAACAACAUAAUCCAGCUCUUUUACUAUGGAAACCGGAUCGGUUAUACCUUCGUACCGGCUGGUGAGAUCCGAUCGGGUCGAACCAAGCGUAUGUUAGCUACUUUCUCCGUUCAGUCGUUUCCUCUCGCGGUCGCCUCUAAUUCUCAAAUCUCCGCCGCUGAGUUUCAGAAUUUUGGAUCCGGGUCAACAGUGGAAAUAGAGUCGAAGCUGGAGAUGGCGGGUCGGGUUCGGGUUCUCGGUUUGUUUACUCACCGAAUCGCGGCUAAAUGUAAUUGUAGGAUCGCGAUUUCCACGAGUGAUGGUUCCAUCGUAGCCGUCCGUUGUUAAUAUGAAAAACAAAUUGUAUAAAAGUGACAUGUACUUUUUCCAAACACAUGUAUGUAAACCUCUUAUUAGGUGGACGUGUUACUUCAAAGUUCAAACAUAUCAAAUGACAAUAUUUUUUAAA